GUCAAGACUUUCACUGUCAGCUAAGCUUCCCCGGUGUGUGGUAAUGCCUCUGCCCGUCCGCUUUCAUCACCGUAAGCCCGUUUAAGGAGUCACUAAGUCCGCUCUCCUGGGAGCCAGAAACGGACUCAACACGGAGCCUAAACCGAGGAAGAGACUGGAAACUUCUAUGAAGUUCUGCCUGCCAUGCUUUGUGGUGCCAUGAUGUGGAACGCUGUGGGAGUUAACCUGCUUCUGCUGCUGCUUGUCUUUGCCUGCUAUGCAAAGGGAAUGGGCUACAGCCCGCCAGGGAAGCCCACACUGACGCGAUGUCGUUCUCCAGAAAAAGAGACUUUCACCUGCUGGUGGGAGCCAGGCUCUGAUGGGGGCCUGCCAACCACCCACGCUCUGUUCUAUCGUAAAGAAAACUCUGAGACUGUGUACGAGUGUCCCGACUACCACACAGCAGGAGAGAACUCCUGCUUCUUUAACAAGAACGACACGUCCAUCUGGGUAAACUACAACAUCACUGUGAUGGCCACGAACGCUCUGGGCAGCACAUUCUCCGAUCCUGUGGAUAUAGACGUUGUGUACAUUGUCAAACCUAAUCAUCCAGAGAAGGUAACAGUGACUGUGAUGGAGGACAAGGGCUGGCCCUUCCUCCGGGUGACGUGGGAACCACCACAUAAAGCUGACACCCGCUCUGGCUGGAUCACUCUCAUCUACGAGCUUCGAGUGAAGCUGGAGGGGGAAAAUGACUGGGAGAUGCACCUUGCAGGCCAGCAGAAGAUGUUUAACAUUUUCAGCCUGCGGUCAGGUGGUACAUACCUUGUUCAGGUGCGAUGUAAGCCGGAUCAUGGCUUCUGGAGUGAAUGGAGUUCAACUUCCUUCAUCAAAGUUCCUGACUAUUUCCAUCGGGAAAAGCCAAUGUGGGUCCUCAUUACAUGCUUUUGUGCCUUUAUCUUCCUCAUCCUCACAUGGCUGCUUCACAUGAACAGUGAUAGUCUGAAGCAUUACAUUCUGCCACCUGUCCCGGGUCCAAAAAUCAGAGGAUUUGACAAGCAGCUUCUAAAGAACGGCAAGGCCGAUGAGAUCUUCAGUGCACUGGUGGUGUCUGAUUUUCCCCCCACUACAUCCCCUAAUUGUGAGGACCUGCUGGUGGAGUAUUUAGAGGUGUACAUCUCUGAGGAGCAGGAGCUGAUAGAGGAAAGCAAAGAUCUUCAUGAUGUUUGCCUCAAGUCUGAGGGCUGUACAUCAGACAGCGACUCUGGCCGGGGCAGCUGUGACAGCCACACACUGCUGAUGGAUAAAUAUCGAGAGACAAAAAAUGAAAAGAGGCAAAGAGAUAAGGAGAGCAGUCAAACCGGAACCGAGGACCAGAGGCACCAGAAGGACUGGGAGGAGGAAGUGUCGAUGUAUGCUCAUGUAGAAAUGAUCAGUCCUAACAUUUCCAGUGGCAGGGUGAAGACUUGGCCUUCAGUGUAUUCUCCGCUGCCUCAGUACAGCUCAGACCAAAAGAGCUCACUUGAGAGGGACAAACCGCACUGCCUCUCGGACACUCUGUACCCUCCAGGCUCGUCAUCUUCUUCCCUCGACCAGCCCCUCCAACACACCAAGGAAGCUCUUAGACCAACAGAUUGGGAGUUCAGUUUUGGGAACAAGCAACCUCAUCUACUCCAUUCUCAGACUCAAGCUCGCCAGCAACUCCAAGCCCACAGCGAUGUCAACAUCUCAAGAAUCAGCUACAAACAGGCACUCACAGGUCAGCAGUCGCCUGCUGUGCAAUCAACUGAAUAUGUGGAAGUUCAGAGGGUCAGUGAGGAGAAUGCGGUGCUUCUCCAACCUUUAAACUCAGGGCGAGGCCAUGUUGAAGGCUGCUCUCAGCUUCCUCUUGGGGAGGACUACAGCAGGGUGAAGAGUGUGGACAUGGACAACAGGCUGCUGCUCACAGGAGAGGUCACACAAAAAGAAAGGCGUCAAUGUGAGGACCUGGACAUGACUGGAGAAGAACCAGAGAACUGCCACACAUCAUCAUCAGUUUCUACCAUACAGAAGCAUACAGCCUGCAUUCACACUGCCAUAACAGUGCAGGAUGAAAUGGUGCUAACAGGGAAUGGUUAUGUUGAUACUUCAACAGCUAGAACACUACCCAGUUACUGAGCGCCCCAAAUGCUGGAAAGGCUCAGGACAUUGUGGGACCUGUUUCAGACUGGAUCUGAGACAAUGUAAAAAUACCUACACUGUGUGGAAAUUAUGCAGAGACCAAUUUAUGAUGUUACAGAAUCACAUGUAUUUGAAUGUAUAUGACUGGAUAAAUUAUACUGUUCUAUAAGCUAUCUGUUUAGCUGUAUAUGUCCGUCAUAAAUCUUUUCUCAGUUGCACUUUAUCAUAUACUGUAUCAUGAUUUUUAAACAUCUUUCCUAAAAUAUAUGUGGAUGUUACCUGGUGCAGUGUUAGUGUAAGUUGAAAUAACUUAUGUAAAAUCCAAACUGCAUCAAUCUCGCAUGUAAAAUCAUUUUGUCGUAAAAAUGUUCAUUGAUCUGAAAACUACUGAUGUAUUUAAUUUAAUAGGCAAUCUGCAAUAAUGAUACUAAUGUAUAAGCAACUGUCUUUCUUAUUCAGAAUUGGUUAGUUGCAGUUUUCCCUUCUUUUUCUUACUGCAUGUACCAUGUAUGUAUAGCUAGCCAACUCAUACUAAAUGCAGUUUUUACAACAAUCAAAUCAUUCUGAAAAGCUUGCCAAAAAAUCAUGACAAUAAUAAAUUCAU